AUUUUAUCGAUAUAAGUAAAGACAAGAAAUUAUGGCGACCCACGGAGAAAACAAAACAGCCGACAGAAAGCGGAAAAUCUCAGGACAUAACCCACCUUCCCAGACAACCUCGUCAACCAGUCAGGGGGAUCCAACAGGAAACACUACUCCACCUAAUCGAGGUGGUGUCAACAUUGGCCUUGUAGCCGCAGUCGCAGGUGGUGCUGUAGUAACUGGUGUUGCAGCAGUGGUAGCUGCUCCUGUGGUCCUUGGUGCUGCUGGUUUUACUGCUGGAGGUGUUGCUGCUGGCUCCAUAGCGGCGGCUGCGCAGUCUGCAAUUUACGGAGGAUUUACAGGGGGUGUUUUUUCGAUUCUACAGAGUGCAGGGGCUGCUGGCAUAGGACUGGCAGGGAAUGCUGCUAUUGGAGCAGCUGGUGCAUCUAUUGGUGGAGCUUUAUCAGGUUUAGGUGCAAGAUUAUAUGGCAGUCGUUGUAAGACCAUAAAGUUGUUGAUUUGUGGUGGGGGGAGUGAUGCGCACGCAUUUGCUGGCAUAGCGUCUUCUCGGAAGGGAACUGAAGUUCGUGUGCUCACUUUAAAUCAAGAUGAAGCAGAGCGUUGUAGUUCGGUAAUGCAGACCAAGAGUCUUCUAUUUAAGUUGCAUCGCGAGGGACAAGAGCCAACGUCUAUCAAAUCGAAACCAGCAUUAAUAACAACGAACCCAGAUGAAGCCAUGCGAGAUAUCGAUUUCGUAGUCUUUCCCGAGUUUGCCCAUAAACAUUAUCUAGAUGACUAUCUGAAUGCCCUUAAACCACACAUCAGACCUGGAAUGACCUUGAUUGGUUUACCUGGCGGACCUGACUUCAAUAACCACGUUUGUAGUGCACUGGGCGAGACUGCGCAGCAGUGUACGAUCCUAAAUUUUGAGUGUUCACCUUGGAUUUGCUCUACGAUGUUGUCGAAGACGAAACACAUCUCUUCUUGAUAAUUUUGGCCCGGUGAAAUAUUGUUAAAGAUAAAAUGUUCAAUUGACAUCAUUAAUGACAAUAAAAUUAAUUUGUAACCAGCUCAA